UAGUUUUUGGCUUUGCUUGUCAUAAAUACAAAUGGGUAUGUUUGGAAGUUGAGAAUAAUAUGCAAAAUAUUUUUGUUCGAGAUAUUCAAACACCUGGUCUGACGAUAGCUGAAAAAAUCGGACGAUGUUCGACAAUGAUACUUAGUCCAGAUAACAUCAAAUUGCCAAGUAAAAUUUGUACUGCAUGCUUAGACGAUCUGGAUGCGGCGUGGCGGUUUCAAAGGAAAUGUGAAUCCGCAUGCGAAGUGUUCCAAUCUAUAAUUGAAGACGAUUCCAAUUCAGCAUAUAUAGAACUAUCGAAAGUAAAACUUCCAGAUAAUGUAGCUUUAAAUAAACUAGAGUCUGAACCAAAGACUCUUACACUUCCUGCUCAAUUAAGGCUUAGCACUGAAAUAGAAGAUUUAAACACUGUGAAUAAUGAGGAUACGAAUAAAAUGGAUGCAGAAGCUGAACAUUUAGAUGAUAUAAUUGAAUCAGAGGUGGAAGAAGAGUCUGAAAACAUUGAGAUUGAUUUAGAUUAUUAUGAGGCUGAGGAAAUCUAUAGCAAUGACAUAAUAGAAGUGAAUAGAGAAAUGGAGGAAAAUUCUGAAAUCACCAACAAAUUAACUACUAAAAUCAAAAAAGAAAUCAAUGAAGAUGCACGGUAUACGCCAAGUAUAAAUACGAUUAAUAUAAAAAAAGAAAAAAUGGAUUAUGAUGAAGAAAGCAAUGCAACUCCAGAAAAAAUAAAAAGAGGUCGUGGUCGUCCUAAAAAAACGGCAGAAAAUAGCUUAAAAACACCGAUCGUUUUAAAAUCCAUAAAAAUAGAAAGUGAAAUUGAUGCAGAUUAUUAUCCAACUGCAGCGAGGAGUAAUAAACAUACACUACAUGAUGCUACUGAUAAGUUAACGAUGAAGCCUUUAAAAGGUAACAAAACUAAACAUUCGCCAAUUGCACGUCCACUUAAAAUAUGUGACAUAUGUGGAAAUAGUUAUAAAUACCAACAUGCAUUAAUAGCACAUAUGCGACGACAUACUAAUGAUCGACCAUUCAGUUGUGAAUUUUGUAGCAAAGCAUUUGUUUCUGCUGUUGAAUUACGACGACAUAUGCGUGUGCAUACUGGUCAUAAACCCUAUGCCUGUAAAUUCUGUGAUCGAAGGUUUUCGGAUUAUGGUUCACGUAUCAAACAUGAACGCACUCACACCGGUGAACGACCGUACCACUGUACGAGUUGUAAGAAAAGCUUCGCUUACGCUCAUGUACUUUCUGUUCACUUGCGCACUCACACAGGAGAAAAGAAAUUUAAGUGUACUAUUUGCGAAAAGGGAUUUACGAAGAAAACCUAUCUGGAAUCACAUAUACAGCAGCACGAAAGAAAUGCAAAUAUAUUUAAACAAGAUAUGCAAAUAAUUGAAACACUUGUUGUGAAGGAUGAGGAUGACUACCAAGAUGCACUUUACACAAUAACAGAAUAUGUUGAGGGAAGAGAAGAAGAGUCUAUGGAAAAUCAAAUAAUAGUUAAGUUAGAUGAUGAAGAAGAAGAAGCUGCAUUGGGUGAGGAUCAUCUGGAAUAUUUAAUUGAAAAUCGAUAGAGAACAAUUCUAUAUAAAUCAGUAAUUGUGAAAUUGUUGUAGUUAAAAAGUAUUUUGCACUGAGUUAUAACAGUAAAUAAAUAGAAAUAUAAUAUAUUUGUUUUUAUUACAGA